AUGGAUCUCGAUUACAAACCAUUGUAUAAACACUCAAAGCUCGACUCCAAUCGCUUCCGUAAAAAGCCUGUCGACAAGCCUCCAUCUCCGAUGCAUCGCUCCUCCGAAGCCUUUGUGAACCGGCUCCCUUUUCUAUAUUCGAAAACCGAGGAGAUUGUCUGGAAAUGGGAGCAGUCCAAGCUCUGUGGCCAGAGCAUCAACACUACCUUGCAAUCCACUAUCAUGCCACAGGAUCACCCUUCCAACAGACCUGACAGGGCAGACAAAUUCGUUUCUAUGCUAAAUGGAAGUGUCGUCGUGAAGCCUUCGGCCCACCUGACGAAUCUGAAGCCGGAGGAAUAUCAUGUGGGAUUUCUGCAUACAGAAAACCUGACAGAUAUGAAGAUCAUUCUCCUUGGGCUACCCGAAUGGAAAAGACCUUCCAAAGUCCGGGAAAGCAUGCUUCGUUUUGAGAAUUUGCUGGCCGGGAAAAGUUUUCCACUCUUCUACAAUUGGUCAACCGAGUACUGGAUCUCAGAUUCGGUCAUUCUAGAUCCACGGUCAACCGAUGAGGUGGAGAUGAUCAGUAAGGGAAAACGGACGGCAAGUAGUCAAUAUUUGAGGUACCUUUGCGCUGGCAUUCCGUCAACCACGAUGGGACCUCUUUUCAACACGCUUGUGACCUCGGGGAAUGCAGACCCAGCCUGCUUUGAGUAUUCGAUGGGGUUCAUUUGGAUUCAUGCGUCGAUAGAUCCGAAGAACUUCGAGAUAGAACUUGACACCUCUAUCGAUCCGUCUUGUGAUCGCAUUGAUUACAUGCUACAACAGAUGAGAGAGAGAUCGUGGUUGGUUCAGGCAGAGCUAGCGAUCAAGCUCGAGAGGUCCAGCAGGGUGAAAGCCGCUAUCUCGGUUCAGGUUUUGGGCGUUUCUCAAGUCCGCGUCACUUCUACUCAUAAACCAAUUACUCAUCAGUAG